CUGGGUCCCCUUUGCAUUGCAGCUCCUGUAGUUGGAAUAGAGAGACACAGAGACACAAGUACUUUAGUUACAUUGUUGGGUGAGUUUGAAACAACUCCCCCUGCCUCGGGCUUACACACACUGUGACUGGAUUUCCUAUUCCACCCGCUCCGGUGCUGCGUGCCUUCUGCUGCUGCUUAUUUUUAAAUCAAUGCAAAGCUGCUGGCUUUUAUUAUUUUUCCCUCCCCCCUCUUUUUUUUACACCCCCCCCCUUCUCUCCUUUGCUUUGAUUUCUGCACGCGCGUGUGUUUUGCCUCCACCGAUCUUCAACAAAUCGUUUGGGCAUGAGUUAAACACCCGAUAUGGACACCAAACAUUUCCUGCCACUGGAUUUUUCUACUCAAGUCAAUUCCACGUCCCUGAACUCCCCGAGUGGCCGGGGGCCUAUGGCCGCACCUUCCCUCCAUCCAUCCAUCGGGCCAGGCAUCGGAUCCUCCGGUCAGCUUCAUUCGCCCAUCAGCACUCUGAGCUCCCCCAUCAAUGGCAUGGGCCCCCCUUUCUCCGUCAUCAGCUCCCCCAUGGGGCCUCACUCAAUGUCUGUCCCGUCAACUCCCACCCUUGGAUUUGGAACUGGCAGCCCACAGCUCAGUUCUCCUAUGAACCCCGUCAGCAGCACAGAAGACAUUAAACCGCCCUUGGGACUCAAUGGAGUUCUUAAAGUGCCAGCACACCCCUCCGGAACCAUGGCCUCCUUCACCAAGCACAUAUGCGCCAUCUGUGGGGACAGAUCUUCAGGUAAACAUUACGGGGUGUACAGCUGCGAGGGCUGCAAAGGUUUCUUCAAGCGCACUGUGCGGAAGGACCUCACCUACACCUGCCGCGACAACAAGGAUUGCUUGAUUGACAAGCGCCAGCGGAACCGGUGCCAGUACUGCCGGUAUCAGAAGUGUCUGGCUAUGGGCAUGAAGCGAGAAGGGAUGGAGCACCAUCCAUCCCGGCCCACAAGACUUCUGGGAAGCCAAGACGAACAAGCUGUGCAGGAGGAGAGGCAGCGAGGGAAGGACCGAAAUGAGAACGAGGUGGAGUCGACAAGUAGCGCCAAUGAGGACAUGCCCGUGGAGAAGAUCUUGGAAGCCGAACUCGCAGUUGAGCCAAAGACAGAGACUUACAUUGAGGCAAAUAUGGGCUUGACUCCUAGCUCGCCUAAUGACCCGGUAACCAACAUAUGCCAAGCAGCAGACAAACAGCUCUUCACCUUGGUGGAAUGGGCAAAGCGAAUUCCCCAUUUUUCAGAACUGCCCUUGGAUGACCAAGUCAUCUUACUCAGAGCAGGCUGGAAUGAGCUUCUAAUCGCCUCCUUCUCCCACCGUUCCAUAGCUGUGAAAGACGGGAUCCUCCUAGCCACCGGCCUCCAUGUGCAUCGGAACAGCGCUCACAGCGCAGGGGUCGGCGCCAUCUUCGAUAGAGUACUGACAGAACUCGUGUCAAAAAUGCGAGACAUGCAGAUGGACAAGACGGAGCUGGGCUGCCUGAGAGCCAUCGUCCUCUUCAACCCAGACUCAAAAGGGCUUUCCAACCCCGCGGAGGUGGAGGCGUUGCGCGAGAAGGUGUACGCGUCGCUGGAGGCCUAUUGCAAACACAAAUACCCCGACCAGCCUGGAAGGUUUGCAAAGCUCUUGCUUCGUCUCCCUGCCCUGCGAUCCAUUGGCCUGAAAUGCCUGGAGCACCUGUUCUUCUUCAAGCUCAUAGGAGAUACGCCCAUCGACACCUUCUUGAUGGAGAUGCUGGAAGCACCCCACCAGAUGACUUAGAGGACUGUGGAUGCGUCCAUCCC